GGACAUUUGUGCUGUGUGUUUGUGUCUGUGUGUGUGAGUGUGUGUGAAGUUUAAGAUUCCUGGUCUUGUUGGAGAACACUGCACAUAAGAUGCUCGCCCGACUUGUUGUGCUCUUCUCUCUGCUGUCCCUCACCUCUGCCACUAAAGGAGGUCUGAAUGGGAAGGUUCUCCUGUUUCCUUAUGAGACAGAUUUCAGUUUUGUAAAGCUCAGUCCUCAGAAGCCUCUCUCUCUGUCAGCAUUUAGUCUGUGCAUGCGCAUCGCUACUGAGCUGCAGGAUGAGCGACAGAUCAUCCUCUUUGCAUAUCGUACCAACAGCACAGAUGAGCUCAACAUGUGGCGUGAGAGCGAUGGACGGAUCUCUUUCUACCUGGGCGGAGAUGGUGCACUAUUCCGCCUUAAACCCCUCUCCAGCUUCCGCACUCACCUGUGUCUGACGUGGGACUCCAGUACCGGCCUCGCCGCCUUCCAUGUGGACGGACGCCGCAGCACACGACAGAUCUACAGACCAGGCCAUAAGAUCCGGCCUCAUGGUACUGUGCUGCUUGGCCAGGACCCUGACACACACCUGGGGCGUUUUGAGGUAACGCAGAGCUUUGUGGGUGAGAUGACGGAUGUGAACAUGUGGGACUUCGCUCUGUCACGCAUCCAAAUUAAUGCUCUGUACUCCAACCUGAAACACAGAGUGCCACGUGGAAAUGUGCUCGACUGGAGCACUGUGGAGUAUGAGAUCCACGGCAAUGUCAUGGUUGUGUAUGACGACUGACUACACACACACUCACUCACACACAGAGCGAAGUAGGUUUAAUAGUACAUCUUUUGAGCUUCGAAUUGCAAUUAGUUGUGUAUUAUCCUCAAACAUAUGCAUUGAUACAUAAUAAUAAUGGCAUUUACAAAAUAAUAUAGACAAGGUUAGUAACUCUCACAGACACACACACACACCUGGACUUUUUGUGUUGUCAAAAUAUUAACAGAAGAAUGAUAAAAGUGUAUAAAUCUGGGUGUGCUGGAUUAUAAAUAAAGCAAUACAGCAAAAUAAUCACAAGGUGGCACUGCUGACUCAAAAAAUUCUUAAGACUCAAGUUGCUAAUGUAAAAAUGCUCUAUCCCCAGUUUUUAGGUAACAAAUCUUUAAGUUAAUGUCUAACUUUCUUAUGAGUAAUGUUAGUGAGUGAAUGUUAUGGUUAAUGUCGACCAGCCGUAACAAUAAACUGUCUAGAACAAUAAACAAUAAACAUCUGUCUAAUA